GAGCCCGGGCACAUGCUGCAGGUGGGGCUCAGCCUGCCCCGCUCCCCCGGGGGGGCGGCCGGCAGCUUCCCCAUGGCCGAGCCGGCCGAGGGCGAUAACACGGGCACUGGGCAAGAGAUGUUUGGCUCAUGUCCAGUCACCAUCGUGAUCACGUCUGAGGCUGACACCUGGGACAUUGACGCCUCCUCUUGUCUGGGCUGUGGACAGUUCGUGGAUUGGGACAGGAUGCCAGACCCGGAGCAACAGGCACAUAUCCCCCGAGACAUCCUCAGCAAGCCCCUGAAGGAGCUGAAGAAGCUGGCAAGAGAAGGCUACUGGGCAGCGAGCCGUGCUCUGAGAGCUCAGGUCUACCACCAGCUCAUCCAGCAGGUCACCUGCCGGCUCGUCACCCCAGAUGCUCUCGUCUACAGGGAUGUGGCGAGUCGGCUCUUUGGGAAGCUGAGUGUGAGCUCCCACCCUUUGCCUGAGUUCCUGGAACGAUGCUCCAUGCCCACAUACUGUCUCAAUGUGGAAGGGGUCACCGCCUUGAAGAAGAUCCUCAUCUGCAUUGGCAACCUUUUCCCCGACAUAACCUACAGCCCAAUCCUCCCCUCUCUGGUGGCUCUGCUGCUGCACUACAGUGAAGACGAAGCUCAGUGCUUUGAGAACAUCUCUCGCCUCAUCGCCAGUAAUGCCCCCCAUACCAGCUACAUUGACCAGUCCUUCCUGGCCCACCAGGCCUCCUGCAUGACUUUUGGGGAUCUGGCCAACAAGCACUGCCCAGCAGCUCACAAACUCAUAGCCAGCACCUCUGAGAACGUCUUUGAGGUCUACUCCAAAUGGUUAUCAUGGCUUUUUCAUGACCUCCCCUUCAAUUACGCCAUCCGCGUCUUUGAUGUCUAUCUGCUGGAGGGGCAGAAGGUCCUCUACCGUAUUGCUCUGGCCUUGCUGAAGCAGUACAAGCUGUCGGUGACCUCCACUGAGCUGGAGGGGACUGACAUCAAGGCAGAUCUGCAGGCUUUCGUGCAGAACAUUGCUGAGCAUGUGACUGUCGAAAAACUCCUAGAGAGAGCCUUUGGCAUCCGGCUGUUCUCCCGCAAGGAAAUCUGGCUUCUCCAGAUGGCCAACAGGAAGGCGUUAAUGGAGAAGGGCAUAACCAUGGUGCAAAGCAGGCAGUCCUUCCACCUGGCCGUGGACAUGGAGAACUUCAGCUCCAGCAUUGUAACGGUUCAGGAGAUGCGCAUCAUCUGGUCCUGGAUCCCUGAGCGCUUCUCCCUCUUCCCCCCACUGCUGCUCUUCUCCACCUCAGAAGAUGGGUGCAGCCUGCAGAGGUUUUACACGUGCUGUGAAGGCUAUGAACCGACGGUGCUGCUCAUAAAAACAACAGAAGGGGAGGUGUGCGGGGCGUUUCUCUCCUCCGACUGGAGUGAAAGGAAAAAGAGUGGGGCAACAUCAGGCUUUUUUGGGACAGGGGAAUGCUUUGUGUUCACUGUGCACCCAGAGACAGAGAGGUACGAGUGGGUGUUCAUCAAGAAGCCAGAGCUGGCCAAAGCCGUGCCGCGCUCACGCCAGCGGUCGCCUUCCCCCUCUCCCGCAUCCCUCCUCGGCUCCUCCCCAGACAGCCGCAGCACCAGCUCGAACCGUCUCACCGUGCCCACACCGCAGAGGAAAGGCCGUCUCUCCCCGUUUCUGGCCAUCAGGCAUUUCCUUCUGCCUUCCAAAACAGCCUCCAUGUUCAUGUCUGGGUCACAGGAAGGGAUCAUUAUUGGUGGAGGAGGAGGGCAAGCUCUGUCCCUUGAUGCCAACCUGCUCUGGGGGCACACAGAGCACUGUGAGACCUUCGACAACCCUCCGCUCUGCCAGGAGAACUUCAAGGUGCAGCUCUUGGAAGUGUGGGGCUUUCAAAACGCCUAGGUCCUGUGGGGGACAGCCCCUCACCGUGCCUCCCACGGAGAUGGGGACCCCUUGCUGCAUGGGCCACCACCCUGGCCUGCCUGCUGUGGUCUCUGCCAGCAGAGCCGCAGGCACCUCCAGUCGCCAUCCUCCCCUCCACGGUCAGCCGUCAUGGUGGUGUGGAGGGAGGGCAAUGCAGUGCCAGGAACAGGACUGUGGGUGCUGCCUUUGGGGACAUUUGAGGUCCUCUCCUGCAGUUUAGACCCAGCCCACUCCACCCAGUCUGUCCCAGUUUAGGAUGCUGGAGGGGAGGUGAGCCAGUCCAGUGUUUCUCACACGUCCUGGGCCUGUUUGCAGCUUGGGGCUCAACAGCAAACCAGUGGUACUGCAGCACAGGCAGAUUUUAUAGGAAUUUUGAGCCUAGGCGAAACCAAACACUGAGGUACAAAGCUCACCAGAAGCACUCUCAGACCUUGCUUCCCCUUGCUCCCAAGCCCAGCACCACCCUUCAAGCCAUACACAGAAUUAUGUAGCGUCUGCAGGUUACCAGAACUCCCCUGGGAUCAUGCACUGAUCAUGAUCCAGCACAGUGCAAGAGACCCUUUUUGUCCAUGGUUGAAACUGCUGAUCAGUGAUUAGCAAGGUCCUACCUGGUGUUUAUACACCGGCAGCCAACAAGAACCCCCCAGCUGUGUACCUGCCUUGUCAUUUUUGUAUUAAACUGAAGAUCUAUAUUCACUACA